AUGCAAUUCUCAUCCUCGUUACGAUCAGCUUUGGCUGCAGUCUUCGUCGCAGCACUCUCCGUAUCGGCAUCUCCUGCCUUGACAUUGAAAGUUGCCGGUCCCGACUCUGUGAACGGUGUUGACAACCUCAAGAUCGUCACCACCCUAGUGAACACCGGCGAUGAGACUCUCAAAAUCUUGAACGAUCCUCGAGGACCAUUGUCCACCCUGGCAACCGACACAUUUUCCAUUACCGACGCAACGGGUUCUCGCCCCGCGUUCACUGGUGUCAAGGCAAAAUAUGUCCCAGCCUACGCUGCCUCCCUCGACGACGCAAGUGCUUUCACUAUCCUUGCUCCAGGAGAAACCGUCGACGUCACGCACGAUCUGUCCACCACUUACAACUUCACUGCCACUGGAGAGGGCGCUUACAACUUUGAGGCUCGCAACCUCUUCCACAUCGUAGACUCAGACAAAACGAUCACCCCCCUAUACGCUGAUGUCGAGACUCAUGCAGCCAAGAUCAGCGGCAAGCUCGCUAUCGCCAAGCCGGCUCUCCAAAAGCGUGCAACUUUCGUCGGCUGCUCAGCCACGAGGCAGACCCAACUCAACGCAGCCGCCUCUCAGGCUCAGACCUACGCUGCUAACGCACUUUCUUACCUCAACUCCCACACUUCGUCCACUACACGAUACACUACCUGGUUCGGCACAUUCGUCACUUCUCGUUACAGCACGGUCCUGUCCCACUUCUCAAGCAUCAGCAGCAACACGUUUUCUUCAUAUACGUUCGACUGCACUUGCUCCGACGCUGGGACUUACGCGUUUGUCAACCCCAGCAACUUCGGUUACGUUACACUUUGCGGUGCCUUCUGGAAUGCCCCUGUUGCUGGCACGGACUCUAGGGGUGGAACCCUCAUCCACGAAUCCUCUCAUUUCACAAGGAACGGUGGCACAGACGAUCACGUCUACGGCCAAGCUGGCGCUCAAAGUCUCGCUAGAAGCAACCCUGCACAAGCCAUCGACAACGCUGACUCUCACGAGUACUUUGCGGAGAACAACCCCGCUCUCGCUUAA